AUGGGCCCCUGUACCGCCUCCUCAUGCUGCUGCCAGGUCCAGAGUGUGUCAUGGGCCCCCGUACCGACUCCUCAUGCUGCUGCCAGGCCCGUAAUCUGUCAUGGGCCCCUGUACCGCCUCCUCAUGCUGCUGCCAGGUCCAGAGUGUGUCAUGGGUCCCUGUACGGCCUCCCAUUGCUGCUGCCAGGCCCGUAAUCUGCCAUGGGCCCCCGUACCGACUCCUCAUGCUGCUGCCAGGCCCGUAAUCUGUCAUGGGCCCCUGUACCGCCUCCUCAUGCUGCUGCCAGGUCCAGAGUGUGUCAUGGGUCCCUGUACGGCCUCCCAUUGCUGCUGUCUCCAUCGCCACACUCUGCCAUGUGCCACUUUCAGGUCUCCUCACACUGCUGGUGGGUUCCAUUUUGUCAUAGGGUGCUGUAUGGCCUCCCAUUGCUGCUGCCUCCACCGCCACACUGUGGCUCUACACUCUGGUUUUGGCCCCGUGACUGCCCAAAUGAGUGAAGUGUGCGGUGAUUCUAAGAUCGACGGCACUCAUCUGCAUGUCAUACUGACUGACAGUAUUAUUUCUCUUCCCCAGCAGACUCCAAGGGCAUUUAAAUUAAAGGUACAGUGUUCUGCACUAAUAUAA